UCCAUCGCUCAAUUUCUCUGCCCUAAUUGUUGAUAAGGGGUUUCCAGUUGUUCUCUUCUCUUUCGCUCGGAUCGCGAAUCUGCCGUUCGAUUUUGCUCACGAGACAUCAUGGGAGUGAGGUUUGGGAUGUUGGGUCUCUUCCUGUUGGGUUUGACCUUUGCUUGCGACGCUCGGAGACUCGUUCAUCUCUCCGAGGAAGUUGCCCAAAACGAGAAAGUCUGCACAUUGUGUGAGGAAUACGUCGCAGUUGCUCUCGACUACCUCGAGAAAAACGAAACACAGACCGAGAUAAUUGAGGCACUUCAUGACCGAUGUUCCCAGCUGCGUGGUCUGAAGCAACAGUGUAUUGCUCUGGUGGAUUAUUACGUCCCUCUCUUCUUUUUACAACUCGAGUCAUAUCAACCUGAAGAUUUCUGCAGAAGGGUUAAUCUUUGCGAAAAGGUCGUGGCUCUUGUAGAAGAAUACCGUCAGGACAGUUGCGACGUGUGCCACAAGACUGUCUCCGAGAUUUUGAACAAGUUACAAGAUCCCGAUACACAGCUUGACAUAAUCGGGAUUCUGUUGAAGGGAUGCAAAUCGCUCAAGAACUACGAGAAACAGUGCAAGAAGUUGGUGUUCGAGUAUGGACCGCUGAUUCUCGUAAACGCAGAGGAGUUUCUGGUGAAGAACGACGUUUGCACGAUCCUACACGCUUGUAAGGCCGAGAAGACGUUGGAAACGCCAUUGGUGGUGGACGAGUGAGAAUGUAUUUCGUUGUCGGUGUUUUUUCCCCUGAAAGCUUUUGUGAAAAACAAAAGUGUGUUCAUUCUCCAUUUAAGAUUGGAGCAAAGUCAGCAACACGAGUGAGUGUUGCGUCUUGUUGUCUGUAAAAUUUGGAUUCAGACCGUAUCUCAUGUGGAUGAUGUGGUUUGUUGUACAGAUUUAUGAUAAUAUUCGAAAUGUGACUCCUGCUUUGUGUAAA